AUGACUUUCUCCCUGUGCAUGCAUGUUGAUCGGCUUCGAGUGGCCAUUAUCGGCUCCGGCCCGGCUGGCUUCUAUUCUGCAUACCGGCUUCUUUCCAAAUCGGAAGAUGCAAUCGUUGACAUGUAUGAGCAGUUACCGGUGCCUUUUGGUCUAGUACGAUAUGGCGUGGCACCAGACCACCCGGAAGUCAAGAAUUGCGAAGAGAAAUUUACAGAAGUCGCAAAGUCUGAUCGGUUCAAUUUUAUCGGAAGUGUUGCUGUCGGCUCUGAGUUGCCUUUCCAGGCAAUGACACCCCAUUACGAUGCCAUUUUGUUCGCAUACGGUGCGUCCAAAGAUCGAGAGUUGGGAAUCCCCGGCGAGGAUGCUCAGAAGAACGUCCUCUCGGCAAGAGCUUUUGUGGGCUGGUACAAUGGGCUUCCCGAGUACCGUGACUUGGCUCCAGACCUGACUGCUGGAGAAAACGCCGUUAUUGUCGGUCAAGGCAACGUCGCGCUUGAUGUAGCGCGAAUACUCUUGUCAAAUGUGGAUGCUUUGCGUAAAACAGAUAUAUCAGAGCAUGCACUAGAACAACUAGCAAAGAGUAGAAUCAAGCGGGUGCGUAUUGUUGGGAGGCGCGGGCCAAUGCAGAAUUUCAAGGCGGCCUUCACGAUUAAAGAAAUACGAGAGCUUCUGCAGCUCCCUGGUGUUUCAUUUGAUGGUAUUCCGAAGGAAUAUUUCCCCCCAGAGGAAGUCAUAUCGAGUCUUCCUCGAGCAGAGAAACGAUUGAUCCAGCUUCUAGCCAAAGGAUCUGCCACAGACCCCAGCACUGCCAGUAAAAGCUGGUCUCUAGAUUUUCUUCUUUCUCCUCAUUCUUUGCACUGGUCACCCAUGUACCCCUACCGAUUGUCUCACGCGAAAUUCACCCGCAAUGAGUUUGACUCGUCCGACGGGUAUGCCCCAAACGCCAAGGUCAAGCCACAUCACCUGGCCAGCGGUAAUCUUGCACAAAUGAAUAUCCCAUGCAAUAUUUUCUUCCGCAGUAUUGGCUACAAGUCCAUGCCACUUCCCGGCUUCAAGGACCUUGGUAUUCAAUUCGAUGAGCGACGUGGCAUCAUCCCCAACGAUGGCUUUGGCCGAGUUACCAGUUCAUCUUCUGCAGCUGAGGACAGCACGACACCCCUUGAUAACACACAGAUCUCCCACAUCCCAGGGCUAUACUGUGCGGGCUGGGUAAAACGGGGUCCCACGGGAGUAAUUGCAUCCACGAUGAUGGACGCCUUUGGCACCGCAGACUCAAUUGUGGCGGAUUGGGAAGCACACAAAGCGAGCGGUGGAAAAGCCAAAAUAUCGUUCCUAAACUCGUCGUCUGGAGGAAGCACCGGGCGUGGGUGGGAACAAGUGCAGUCUGAGGUUACGAAUAGAAGGCUGCUUAACACAAACUGGGAGGAUUGGGAGAACAUUGAUGCAGCUGAAAAAGAAAUGGGAAACGCAAAGGGCAAGCCUCGAGAGAAAGUUACCAGUGUAGAGGAGAUGCUUAGUAUUAUAGAUGCAGCAAAUCCCCCAAGGAACCAUGUAAAAUAG